GUGACUCGUUUACGUAGAAUACGUUUCUCGUUUCCUGAGUAGUAGUAGAUUCAAUUGGGGAGGCCGAAUUUUCAGGGAUGAGAUGCUCGAGCUAAGGAACGUGAAACAAUAGGGGCGGGCGACCUGAGCGCAUUAUCUGGAGGCGACGGGGCACGUUAAUUGAGGGACACGACCGAGCGAGCCGUCACCAAAGGGAGCUAAAUGCUUCGAUCUAGCGGCAACCAGUUUCAAGGGCCCGUCGAUACCAGUGGGCCUACAAAGAGCGGUCAGCUGGCUAUGGUCAAUGGGCAGGCAGGACCGCCACCACAUAUUCAGAAUGGGAUACAACCAGGACGUCUCGAUCCUCUUGGUACAUCGUCGUCUCAGCCAACAAGAAAGCCAUCAAGAGAAGCUUCCAGGGACUCGUCACCAACUCAAUUCAUCAAUGGCCGCUACAGACCUGGAAUGCCACUCUCGGGGUCCCCGAUGACUCCUGCCGAUGAUCAACGAAUUAGCGAUCAAAAUGUAGCAUUAAAAACAACUCAAAUGCAAUCACAGGGAUCGUCAGCAAUGUCAACCACCAGUGCAUCCAAUGAUUCGGCUAUCAAUUCUGCAAAUGUUACUGGAUCGGUACCAAGUUUUAUAGUACCAGGAGCACCACCAAUAGACCCUCAUUCCAGGCAAGCUACUGUCCCGCCAGUUCCAACGAUCAGCAGUCGCAUGCCAACGAUAAAUACAAAUCAUGGCAGCAAAGAGGAUUUUUUAGCGAGCCCCAGAAAUUACGUGUCAAGUUCAGGUGUUGGCCCUUCGAAGCCAGAACUCGCGAGACCCGUUCAAACAUUUCCACCAACGAGUUACGGAGCUUCUGGGACUGGGUAUCAACAAACGAGUGGACUCGUAAGCUCUAACAUCACUCAAGCUGUGUCACACAACGCCGAUAGGUCGAGCAAUCUAAGUCAGGCUACUUCGUUGACGAAGAAUCCAAGCCAACCGAGUCAGAAUGUGAAUCAAAUGCAAGGCCCCCAAAAUUUGCCACCCUCGAAUUUAAUGCACGGACCGCCAAGGAGUCAACCGCAAACCACAUUUACGCCAUUGCCUGGGGAAGCAUCGACAGACUCUCGCGUACCUCGGUUCGGAGGACUACAAACAGGGAAAAACGCCUUCCCGGCUCCUCGGAGUGUACCAGAUGGACCACCGAGAGACUCGCAAGGUUUUUUCCCGAAUCCUCCCAAUGUUAACCGGUAUCCAGUUCCGGAGCAACAACCGACAUCGGAUCAAAUGCCUCGUGCCGAAUCGCAAGCUCCAGCUCAGGCCAUGUCGCAAAGUCAAUACCAGGUUCGACCGCCCGUCCAACAAAAUGUAUUUGGGCCUCGGUCGAAUCCAACAACCUCCGAGCCGCCCCGAGAACAGAAUCCAAAUUCGUCGACUGCGCAACAAACUCUAACCACUCAAAGGAAGUAUCCUCAAAGCCCGUACCUUGCACAAUUGCCACCGACGCAGAUGCCGCCUACGUCAGGGCCGACAAUGGGACCCAGGCAAUUUCCAGGAACAAAUGUUCCGCGACAAAUGACGAGUCCGCAGGAUCCACGUUCAAUGUAUACCGAUCAAAUGUCAAACGUACCAUUGGAUUCAACGGCGAGGAGGUAUCCCGGCACUUAUCCAGAUCACAUGAAUCAACUAAGCGGUCAAAUUAGUAAUAUGAAUGUCACGCAAGCUGGCUUUGACAAAUUAUGGGGGGUCGAGACGGUUGAUUUACUGUACUGCAGGAAUGUUUUGCCACCUGGAAGAGUAGAACCUCCUAAAAUCAGGUUGCUUCAGGAGUGCUUAGAAGGCGUUAAUUGCAGUCCUGAGAUUUUCAGGUGCACAUUGACAAAGUUUCCUGAAACGAACUCCUUGUUGCAAAAGUCAAGACUGCCUCUAGGAGUAUUAAUACACCCGUUCAAAGAUUUGAUCCAUCUGCCCGUUAUUCAAUGCAGCACGAUAGUAAGAUGUCGGGCCUGUAGAACCUAUAUAAAUCCAUUUGUUUACUUCGUAGACUCGAAGAGGUGGAAGUGCAAUCUGUGCUUCAGGGUGAACGAACUUCCCGAGGAAUUCCAAUUUGACCCUGUCACCAAAUCGUAUGGUGAUCCUUCGCGAAGACCAGAGGUUAAAACUAGUACCAUCGAAUUCAUAGCACCUAGUGAAUAUAUGCUUCGACCACCCCAACCAGCGGUCUAUCUUUUCGUUUUGGAUAUUUCAAGGCUCGCUGUAGAGAGUGGAUACCUUGGCAUUGUUUGCAACACGAUAGCUGAAGAAUUGUCCAAAUUGCCGGGAGACGGUAGGACGCAAAUUGGAUUUUUGGCAAUAGACUCUGCUAUCCACUUUUUCAGCAUGCCGGAUAACGUUUCUCAACCACAUGAAAUGAUCAUGCUGGACGUAGAUGAUGUAUUCCUUCCCUGUCCGGAUAAUCUUAUAGUCAACCUGAAGGAAAGAGAGGAAUUAGUAAGGGAACUUUUGGCUCAGUUGCCACAAAAGUACCAAGGUACCCACGACACGAAUAGUGCCCUCGGUGCUGGUCUGCAAGCUGCAUUUAAACUCAUGUCACCAACUGGUGGGCGAAUAACCGUGUUUCAAACGUGUCUGCCUAACUUGGGCCCGGGUUCUUUGCAACCCAGGGAAGACCCUAAUAAUCGAGCUGGCAAGGAUGUUCCCCAUCUGAACCCAGCGACAGAUUUCUACAAGCGCCUCGCACUCGAUUGUAGUGGGCAACAAGUGGCUGUGGAUUUGUUCUUGCUCAACAGUCAGUACUGUGAUCUGGCUACCUUGUCCGGUACGUGCAGGUUUUCCGGUGGUUGUAUAUAUCAUUUGCCUCUCUUCCGGGCGGACAAGCAUCAGUGUGCGGAAAGCUUGGAGAGGAUGCUGCGACGCUACCUUACCAGGAAGGUCGGAUUCGAGGCUGUUAUGAGGUUACGCGUAACACGUGGACUCAGCAUUCACACCUUCCACGGGAACUUCUUCGUCAGGGCCACCGAUCUGCUGAAUUUGCCGAACAUAAACCCGGACGCAGGAUUCGGCAUGCAGAUUUCAAUCGAUGAGAGUCUCUCCGACAUCCAGAACGUUUGUUUCCAAGCGGCCCUACUUUACACGUCCAGCAAAGGUGAGCGACGUAUCAGGGUGCAUACUCUGUGCCUCCCGGUGGUCGCGAAUCUUACCGACAUCCUGCACUCUGCCGAUCAGCAGUGCAUAGUGGGCCUUCUUUCGAAAAUGGCGGUGGAUAGAUCACAACAGUCGUCGCUGCCCGACGCGAGGGAUGCGCUCAUCAACGUGGCGAUCGAUGUGUUGACCUCUUACAAGGUCAUGCAGUCCAUCGCAUCCGGUGGUCUUAUAGCCCCGGGAAAUUUGAAACUAUUACCCCUCUAUAUCGUUGCUCUUCUGAAAUGCGUUGCAUUCAGGUCAGGCACGAGCACGCGACUGGACGACAGAGUGUUCGCAAUGUGCCAACUGAAGACCCUGCCCUUACCGCAGCUUAUUCAGAUGAUAUAUCCAGAUUUGUACCCGGUGCAUGCUCUGGAUGAUCAGAACCCGAAAGACGUCGACGGCAAGGCCUGUCCCCAACCGCCUAGAUUACACUUGUCCGCUGAGAAGCUCGACUCGAGAGGCGCCUUUAUCAUGGACACUGGGGACAAAAUAUUCCUCUACGUCGGCAAGAAUAUUCAUCCGAUGUUUUGUACCAACGUGUUGGGCGUGCCAGCCUUCGCGUCGAUACCCGAAGAGAGCUACGAACUGCCUGUUUUGGAUACCGUCGAAAGCGAGAGACUGCGUAAUUUCGUGUUCAGCAUCCAGGAAGAGAAACCAUACUACGCCUCUUUACAGAUUAUAAGGGAAGACAGUCAUUUUAAGACACAGUUUACGGAGCGCUUAAUCGAGGAUCGAAUCGAGUCUGCUUUAAGCUACUAUGAGUUUCUGCAGCACUUGAAGUCGCAGAUCAAGUAGCGGAGGCGCCUAGAAACGUGCCACAGAGCGUCCAGGAGGUCGAGAAAUUAGGAAGAGGAACGCGAAGACACAUUGCGGCCACCUUUUCCCGGCAUUUAUGGUGCACCUUCGGGAUUGGCCGUUUUCGAGCGGCUCGUUGUUAUCGUUGGUAGUCUUCGCAAGAACGAACUAGUACCGUGGGCGUAUCAUAAUGCUGUUUGGAUGAAAAGCUGGAAGAAAUCUACGCGAACAGGACGUCGUCUACAGGAACGAUUCAGCGAACGCGCAUCCCUGGCCGUGCCUUCGGCUGUCGUCGAGUAGAUUACAUUAGGACGAUGAUAACGCCACGAUUCGACUUGUCGUGCUCAUGGCUCCCAAAAUCUGUGUAGACCAUUUUUCAUUGGGACGUCGGUAAUACCGUGAUUCGAUGCGUUGUACUCAUUGCUCCUCAAAAUCUGUGUAGAUCAUUUUUCAUUAGGACGUCGGUAACACUAAUUCGAUACGUUAUCGUGUUCAUUGCUCCUCAAAAUCUGUGCCCGGCUGUCGUCGAGUAGACUAUUCUUCAUUAAGACGAUGAUAACGCCAUAAUCCGAUGCGUUAUCGUGCUCAUUGCUCUUCAAAAUCCUGUGUAGACUAUUUUUCAUUAGGACGAUGACAACGCCAUCGUCCGACGCGUUAUCGUACUAACAGCUUCACAAAAUCUAUGUCCGGCUGUCGUCGAGUAGACUAUUUUUUACUAAGACGAUAACGCCAUGAUCCGACGUGUUAUCGUGUCACAUUGCUCCUGAAAAUCUGCGCCGUGGUGAAGUCCGUCGACACAGGGACGAAAAAAUUGCGAUUGUUUUCUAUCCUGCGACACAUUUGCUUGCCUUGCAUGUCGAUUAUGUCUCUGUUAUUUUAGCUCGCUGUGCAAUUCCAUUGUUACAUGGUCUACCGUGAAGAGUGGUGUUCAGAUCUUGCUCGACGUUUAGCUCUGUACGACGUUUGUGUUCCGGUUCAGAAAUAGUCUUUCACGAGUUGCAUCGAAAACCUGGAAGAGAAUCAAUUAUAAGGACGAGUGUUCCGCAGCAAGCGCCGUUUAUUGUGUCGCAGGUGUAUUAAUUUCUUUACACUUGGAUGGGAUAACUUAAGAAGAAUAUCUCUUAACUAAGCGACAGUAUUAAUUUAAGUCUAGGCUGUGUUGUGUAAAUCAAUUCUGUGGCUUAAUAGAUAAUAAUUGCUCUGACGUUGACUCGUCCAAGUGUAAAGACAUUCGACAGUCCAAUAGGUCCUUACUCGUGACUCAUUAGUGUUAAUAGACGUCUUUUAUCUGUACCCUUUAAGUGGCUAAAAAUGUCUUUUAACGCCAAAAGUGAGGUGCGAGUUUGGACUGUAGUGUACGAAGCAGUCUUUGAUUCUGCCUGUUUAAAUUUCAAGUGGAGGAAAUUCUGCUCUGACUUCGCAAUCCAAGAUGGCCGACCUGGCUCUACCGUGGCCUUAAGAUACACCAAAGAAUUCAGAAGUCCCAUAGAAGCCCAGAUCCUAUGUUAGCGCUUGAUGCCCUAAAAGUUGGCUAACAAACCGGAAGUGGGGGUAAAAGAGAGAUCGCAUGUGUUAGCCAACGAUAUCUCAC